UCUGGUUUUGCUUCACCGUGGUAAACCUGUAUUUCUUGUCCUGGUUACAACAUAACAGCAUUUCCUGUGCCUAUUAGUAUUAGUGGGUUGAAUGGUGAAGAAACAGCCAUGGAGGAAAGCACAGAGGAAGACCUUGAGUCUCUGAUUGAAGGCUUGGCCUUCAUUCCUGGACACUUUCAUCUGCCGCUGAACCUAAACAGCGAGCCAAGCGGGCCAGCCACCCUGCGCCUCCGUGACACACAGAUGAAACGUGAGAACCUACAGGCUGAGCUCGAGGCUGAGAUGGGUAGGCUGCGGUAUGCUAUACGAAACAUGCUGGGCUUGCUAACCUACCAUCUUGAUCAGCUGGAAGAAGCUGAGGAGGUUUUCCGUAACAUCUGCCAGGAGGAUCCAGGAAACCUUAAUGCCUGGGCCAACCUAGCCCACGUGUAUGAGCGGCUUGGAAGGGACGGUGAGGAGAGCGAAUGUCUAGAACGUGUGAAAGCUCUCAUGGAAAUGGAGCCCAGUGAGAGCCCAACAGAGGGCAGGCUCAGGGCAGCACGGUGCCUGACAGAGCAGGCUUUCGCCCAGCCUCAUGAUGUGGAGCUGGAGAGAGAGGAAGACCUGCAGGAAAGACUGACCACCGCACUCACCUUGUAUAACCGAGCUCUUCGCUAUGGAGGUGAACUGAUACCUCAAGAAGAGAAGUGGAGCUGGUAUUUCAAAAUGGCAACAAUUCACAUAAGAUUAUAUGGUAUUGUCAAUGAUUCAAAGGAUUUAGAGCACACCAGGCUUGUGCACUUCAACAAAGGUCUGACACUGUUAACAGAGACUCUUAAAUCAGACACAACACACCUCAAAGCACUUGCCUGGUGCUACAUUGGUCUCAUGCUGGAGAGGAAAGAGGAGUUCUCCACUAUUCCAAUGUCAGUUCACGACUGCGGCCUGUCUGGAUCUGAGCCUCUGUCGUGCUACGGAUCGGGAAUCAAACUGGCCACUGAUGACGCAUUCACAUUGAAUCAGCUAGCCAGCGUCUUUUUUUGGUCAGGCAAACAUGAGAUGUCAAUGGGCAUCUGUAACAUGGCCCUGAAUGUGCUGCCUGAUGCAGAGCUAAACUGGAAAGCAUACUGCACUCGAGCCAAGCUUAAACUCACAAACUACAUUAAGGAAUUAGACCAGGCAAAGCUGGGACUGAGUGGGAUUCCCGACCGUCAGGACCUGAGAGAAGCCCGAGCUGACCUUGAGCGGGUACUGAGUGUUCAGGCAUGUCUCAGGACUCACCUAGAGAUGGGAAAGGUCUACUACUACAUGGGUGUGGAUGCGGUGCAGGAGAGUAUAAUGGUGGAUGAGAUGGCAGUUAAUCAGGCUUUAGUCAGCCUGGCACAGGCCUUGAAGUGCCCACUGGGUUCCACUUUGCCAGAACUCCAGCUCCUGCGUGGCCGCUGCUUGCUGCUCAAAGGGGAAGAGGAGAAUGCUAUCGAUUGCUUCAGGCAAUCACUGGGGCUGGAACGACCUGGAAGCUGUGAGCAGCAGGCACUGCACUUCUUGCUGGAGGCUCUGUUGACCAGUUUCACCAAGAGCACAGGGGACAUCAGUCACAUUUUAUCCCAGUUAGAGGAAUGUGUAAAGCAGGCUGAGGAGAGACAUGGCACUAACACAGUCCAGGCAGAGCUCAAACUGUUGGGCAGGACAUACACUGAUGAAGUGGCAGAGCUGUCAAGGGAACUGGUGAAGAAGGGGAAGUUGGGAAUGGUGAGGAGACUGCUGCAGAGCAUACAGCCUCAGGAUAAACUAGCUCUGGGCAGAUCUCUGUCUGUGUAAGAGGAACAGAACGAGGAUGAGGAGGACCUGUGAGCACUGGACUGCCUGGGACUCCUUUUUCUACUCCUUGUGUAGAAAAAGGAGUGAAUGUAGUUUUACAUCUUUAACAUUGUAAGCCGGAAAAGCAAUGAAAGUGUCAUUCUGAAAAUAAAAUUUCGACUCCAAACUAA